GCCAAGGUAAUACGGUCCUCACGGAGGAAUCCUCUCAUCAUUUCUCUUCUCGCAUAAUGGGAACUGAAUUAAAACAGCGGUGGUCCGUCGGUCAGCGGCACUUUUACGCUCUCACCUGAGUUGUGACUGUUUCCCUUUCUCUUCUUGGGUAAAUAACUUAUUUCCUGAUUUUUAUACAUAUUUUUUUUUUCCUGACACGCUUUCAGAAAUAAGAGAGAACAAAAACAAAACCGUCGACACGUAAAAUAAACUGCCCCCGGGAGCCAGCCGUGUUUCGGUGGAUGGAGAAUUUUGAACCGAUGGUGAAUGAGCUGAAGUCAAGCUGGUUGUGAAUUUGCUGGACUUCUUCCCCCCUACACCCCAAGCCGGACACAGCAUGGCGGCGGGAGUAGCGGCAUGGCUUCCCUUUGCCCGGGCUGCAGCAAUCGGCUGGAUGCCUGUGGCCAAUUUACCCAUGCCAGUAGCCCCCAUGGAAAAGAACAAGAGGCAGGAUGAGCUCAUUGUUCUUAAUGUCAGUGGACGGCGCUUCCAGACCUGGAGGAACACACUGGAUCGCUAUCCCGACACGUUGCUCGGCAGCUCAGAGAAAGAGUUCUUCUACAAUGAGGAGACCAAAGAGUACUUUUUUGACCGGGACCCUGAUGUGUUCCGCAGUGUGCUCAACUUCUAUCGUACAGGCAAGCUCCACUAUCCACGCUAUGAGUGUAUCUCCUCUUACGACGAGGAGAUGGCUUUCUUUGGCAUUAUACCAGAGAUCAUCGGAGACUGCUGCUAUGAAGAGUACAAGGACAGGAAGAGGGAGAACGCAGAGCGUCUGAUGGAUGACCAGGAAGACAACAAAGAUGCUAAGCUGCCCAACAUGACCUUCAGGGAGACCAUGUGGCGAGCUUUUGAAAAUCCUCACACUUCCACCAUGGCCCUGGUCUUCUACUAUGUCACUGGGUUCUUCAUCGCCGUCUCUGUCAUCACCAACGUGGUGGAGACCGUGCCCUGUGGUUCAGCGCCCGACCAGAAGGAAGUGCCAUGCGGUGAGCGCUACACCGUGGCCUUUUUCUGCAUGGACACAGCCUGCGUAAUGAUCUUCACCGUGGAGUAUCUGAUGCGCCUGUUUGCUGCGCCAAACCGCUACCGCUUCAUGAGGUCCGUCAUGAGCAUCAUUGAUGUGGUGGCCAUCUUACCUUACUACAUCGGACUGGUCAUGACUGACAACGAGGACGUGAGCGGGGCCUUUGUGACUCUCCGUGUUUUCCGCGUGUUCCGUAUCUUUAAGUUCUCGCGCCACUCGCAGGGCCUGCGCAUCUUGGGCUACACACUGAAGAGCUGUGCCUCGGAGUUGGGCUUCCUGCUCUUCUCCCUCACAAUGGCCAUAAUUAUCUUUGCUACCGUCAUGUUCUACGCAGAGAAGGGUUCAAGCUCUAGCAAAUUCACCAGCAUCCCAGCAUCCUUCUGGUACACCAUCGUUACUAUGACAACGCUCGGGUAUGGAGACAUGGUUCCUAAGACGAUUGCAGGGAAGAUCUUUGGUUCAAUCUGCUCUCUGAGUGGGGUGCUGGUAAUUGCCCUCCCUGUCCCUGUCAUCGUGUCCAACUUUAGCCGUAUCUAUCACCAGAACCAGAGAGCAGACAAGCGGCGGGCGCAGAAAGUACAGAAAGCCCGCUUGGCCAGGAUACGAAUAUCCAAGACAGGAAGCUCGAAUGCUUUCCUCCACAGCAAGCGCAACGGCAUGUUCAACGAAGCGCUAGAGCUCACGCAACUUCCAUACAAGAUGAACCUUUCAGAUCAGGGCUCCACUGAGGAAGAGCAACGCCUAAGCAAGUCUACAUCUCUUUUAGAGAGCCAGCACCACCACCUGCUGCACUGUCUGGAGAAAACCACAAACCAUGAGUUUGUGGAUGAGCAGUACUACCAGCAGAGCUACCUUGAAUCGGGGCUGCAGAAUUACCCGUCUCAAAGCCCCUCCCUCUCCAGCCAAGAUGGUGUAACAGGGACGUGCUGCAGCCGCCGAAACAAGAAGCACAACACCCCUUUACCGAAUGCCAGUGCCCCCGCACACAUGAAGCCUUUGACGCACACACACACACACCAAGGCUUGCAGGAGCUCAGCACCAUCCAUAUUCAGCCCCUCAGCACCAGCCGUUCCAGUCUGAACAUGCGCGUAGAUGAGCCAGCACCUCUGAACUGCCAGAGCAGCCAGAUUACCACAGCAAUCAUCAGCAUUCCCACACCGCCAGUGACAACUCCUGAGGGCGAUGCUCAUCUGCCUGCUGGCCCCACUCACCAAAACGUUGUGAAGGUGUCCGCACUUUGAAGACUGGAGUGCAGGCGCAUCACACAGACAGACAGGUGAAGACUCACUGAAACAGACUGAGGGACAGAGGAGGACUGAUGGAGAAGAGCGCAUUCAGAGUCUCGGUGUGGCCCUGGUGGAGCCUGCCCUCUACUGGUCAUGUACUGUAACAGCACAGACUCCCCUGCACAGGAGGAUGGCUUUUAGACACAGUGUCUUCAUGUUAGUGGUUGGCCCAUGUGUGCGUGUGAGUGAAAGAGUGGGCAAGAUAGAUGGGAUGUCUUUUAAGACAAGGAAGUGAUUGAGUAAAUGUGUGCUUCUGAGUGUCAGAGGUGAGUUCAUGUGUCACUGUGCACAAAGCACCUUUUUGUAUGAGUUAUGCUUCAGUUUCAUUUUUUAUUUCUAGCAGGAGAUAUAAGGGAAUAUUGAAAAACCUCAAAGGGAAAGAAAGAAAACACCAUUCUAAUGUGUUUCCCCCUCAAUUUUCAUCCUGACCCUUUAUUUUGUGUCCUUUUGGUCCUCUUAUACACCACAGAUCUAAUAAUAUUCCACUUGAGUAUAAAUUCUUCAAAAAUAUUAAAUGCGGUAGGUGUCUCUGUGAUGGCAUUACAAAUGAAUUUUGUAUUUGUGAAUGAGUGUAUGUGAAUUUUUGCUAGAUAGAGGAAUUAUUCUGUUUCUGAAAGUAGGUGUGUGUGUGUGUGUGUGUGUGUGUGUGUGUGUGUGUGUGUGUGUGUGUGUGUGUGUGUGUGUGUGUGUGUGUGUGUGUGUGUGUGUGUGUGUGUGUGUGUGUGUGUGUGUGUGUCUGUCAGUUGAUUGAUAACGUGUGUUUCAAAUCUUCUGGAAGUCGCUAUGGCUCAAUAUAUGGUAUAAUUGACUAGCUGCCACUCCGAAAGGUUCAUUGCACAUAUUUCUGUCCAAAAUUCUCAGCUUAAAAGCUCUCACAAAGUAUGUGCCUGUUAUACUGUAGUAGAAAGCAUAUAUGUAUAUAUACAGUAUAUAUAUAUACGUUAUAUAUGCUUUUGUUUUAUCUCGAAUUUCUCCCUACUCUUUCCCCCUUUUUUUUGGCUUUUACAGCCUCACUGACCUCAAAAUAUCCAAUUUCAUCAACAAAGAAACCAAAACGAAAGCUUUCAUUUUGACCUUAACAUCCAGAAUUAUAAGCACAAGACGUUUGCUGAGAAUUUCAGACACAAAUCUGCCCUGAGCCUGUGAUCUUUGUGAAUAUUGUUAAUAGAAUAUUUUGUAAUAUUUGACCAUCGUUUGGCAGAACCAGUGAAGCUGUCCUCUCGUUCUCACUCUUCUUGAUUCGCCUCUCUACAUCCUUCUCUCUUGUUGUUGUCCUGUUGUAUCCCUUCCUUCUGUGUAAACAACAGUAUGCUUUCACUAGUCUUUAAAGCUGUCAACGUUUUUAAUCCCUCAAACUCAGCAAGCAUUUUUUUAAGAGUUGUUGAGUAUCUGUGUGGUAAGAAAACUUGGUGUUUGUACUUUUUGUCCUCCUCGGUGUUUCAAAUGAUUUUUUUUAAUAUAUACUUUUAUCUUCUGGAGACUUUAAAGCAGGGAUGUCAGUUGUCAAGGUGACCGCAGAGACAUGGAGGACACCGGAUGAACCAUCCACAGAUCUCUGUCAGCAAAGCAUGCUGUUCUGUCCGUUCCCCUGAUACAUAGGUUCACAAUAACUUCUAACUGAAGUCAGCUUUUGUAACUACUGAUGAACUGUGGGCAUUUUGGCAAAAACUGCUGCAAAUCUUUUAAAGCUUUUUCCUCUUGAAUUUCAUUUCCAGUUAAGGAGCCUUGGAGACAGUUAGGUCUUACUUUAGGUUGAUGAGGCCGCACCAAAACAGGGAGGAGAAGGCCGAGUGGUAGCAAACAUACCAUCCAAUUAUGCUCUGCACAGUGAAAAAACAUGAAAGUGAUCUAGAGCAUGCACACAUGGCUGCAGGUGACCUACUGUCUGCAAUUUCAAAUCAGCACUGGACAGUUCUCAUAUAAUUAUUAUGUUUGCCCAGGUGUAGUUGAUGUUUCUUAAUGCAAAAUCAGACUAUUUCUAACAAGUGUUAAACUAGAAGCACAUGCAGUUGGUGGAUAUAUAAACAUGUGGUAUGUAUACACACACACACACACACACACACACACACACACACACACACUAUAACACACACACACACAAUCUUUUAGCAACAUACCAGUGCAUCAAUUCAUGAAACUAAGUCUGUUGGACUUCUUUCUUGUAUUUCAGCUUUUGCUGAUCCUGAGGUUAGUACCAGCCCAAAGAAUCCCGAGACUAGUCCACAGAGUUGGGACAGGAUGUGUUUACCGCUGGUAUUCCAAGUAGUGACCUAGUACUAUUGUUGGUAACUCAGUACUCUACAUGGUGACAGCUGCCUACAUCCAGUAUCAGUGUUUAGUCAAACCGUGCGCAAAUUUAUAUGGAGAAAAAAAGAAGACAAGCACGGGCAGUAAACGCUUUCUCAGUGUAUUUGUAAGAGUGAGGUUACUUCACAGCAUCAAGUAUGAAGUUAGAUU